GCGGGAGAAGCGGAGAUGGAUGCUCCUGGAAAGGAAGACAUACGUCUUUUGGCUGAUGAAAAAUUUGACUUUGAUCUCUCACUGUCUUCUUCAAGUGCAAAUGAAGAUGAUGAAGUCUUUUUUGGACCCAUUGGACAUAAAGAAAGAUGUAUUGCUGCCAGCCUAGAAUUAAACAGUCAGCGUCCCGAAAGUCGCUUCCCUUGGAGCCCUCUCGCUGGGGAGAAGUUUGUGGAAGUGUAUAAAGAAGCUCACUUACUGGCUCUGCAGAUAGAAAGCAGCAGCAGAAACAAAGUGGCCCAAGCUGCCGCGCCCCAAGACCCCUGCAGCCAAGAUGCAGAAUGGUUUAUACAGGAAUCAAAAUCAAAAAUAAACCUCUUUGAGAAAGAAAAGGAAAUGAAGAAAAGCCCUAAGUCGCUUAAAAGGGAGACAUAUUACCUUUCAGAGAGCCCCAUAAUGGGGCCGCCUCUGUCAGGGGUAUGGCCCCCUAGGAGUGAACCCCCACUGCCAGACUCGUCCCUGGUCCCACUGAGCUCUCCUGCCCAGGCUGGCCUCGCCCAAACGCAGGGACCCCGGCACCCUUCUCGGCCUUUGCCAGGAGAAUCAAGGACUGCUCACCCUCCAACUCAGGCAGUGACUCAGAGAAAAAUUACCAGCAAAUUGCAGCCGCCCAGAGCUUCAUCCAUCAGAGGAAGACACGUCCAUUUGGCUGUGGAGAAGACCAAGAAAGAGAUACCAGCUAGUCCUUCCAGGACAAAAACCGUAAGUGGAAAGGAAUGCCCCAGGGAUGUGCUUCCUGACAGACCUGCUCUGGGUGCUGCCAGUGGAAGCCACUUGGUCCAAGGCAAGCGAUCACUCCCUGUUCCAAGCAAGUUGGGGCUGAAGCAGACCCUGUUAAAACCACCCAGCUGUGCUGGCAAUCUUGCAAGGAAGUCUUCCUUGGGGUCUGUUUUGAGUGGGGCAUCCAGCCUGUCUGCAUCUCCAGCAGGAGGCAAAGCUAAAUCAAGUGAAUUUUCAAUUAUUCCUACAAGCAGUUCCCAGCCUGUGUCAAACAGCAGCAUGUCAGGCCGAGCGGGUCCUGUGGCGCUGCAGCGGUCUCUGCGGGCAGGGCCUGCAGGUACACUCACCGGGCCGGCCAAGAGCGUGGACGUUGAGCCGGCAGCCGAGCAGCCCACAAUGCCCACCACAGCUUGUCCCACCCAACCCCAGACUCCAGACGGUGGAGGUCGGGGCCUGGACUCUACUUCCAUUUUGUCAGAAUCUUCUCAACUGAAUAAGACUAGAAGUAUAAGAAGGCAAGACGCCAAGACGAAGGUCAUGCCUACUCCUACAGGUCAAUUUAAAAUCCCCAAGUUUUCUAUUGGUGAGUCCCCUGACAGUUCAACGCCGAAGUGCCUACCAGCACAAAGGCCACAGCCACGCACGUCGGUUGGCAGGGUCAUCGUGCAUAGCACUCCCAUCAGACCCUCCUUGGGGCCAGCCACACACAACCUAAGCAGCGUAGGGACGCCUGUGAGUAUGACUCGGAGGUCAGCCAUGCCCACACCUGCCAGCCGGCGCCUCUCCAGCCUCCCACUGCUGGCCCCUAAAUCCAUGCCCAGGGCUGUGGCUUCUCCCCCGUGUGUGGUUGCUCGGCGACUGUCCUCUGAGCCCCGGAAAAAAUCUGCAGUGAGAACUGAAGGAACGAGGGAGGAUGACAGGAGGGCCGAUGCCGGGCAGGAAGACCUGUCACUUGACAGGAGUCUAUCUCCUCCAUCCAGUGUCCCUCAGGCACUUAACUUUUCUCCUGAGAAAAGUGAUGUCAGUUUUUCAAAAAUCAUCACCACAGCAGGAACUCCUGAUGAAGCAAAGCCCAGUGAGGACGCAGCCCCUAGUGAGGCUCUUCUUAUAGAUGUCAGACUGGACCUGCUGACCGCCACGCCCAGGGUCGAGAGCGCAGCCCUCGCUGAUCCCCCUCUCAUCGACUUGGGCAGUACUCCUGAGGCUGGGGCACCCACGGGGCCUGAGAGCAGGCCUCUCAUUGACCUCCUGAUAAACACACCAGACAUGAACAAAGAUGUCAUGGUGAAACCUCUACAGGCAGCAGCGCAGCUCAUCGACCUGGGCUUGCCUCUGAUCCUGCUGAGUCCCGAGGCUGACAAGGAGAAUGUGGAGUCGCCGCUCCUCAAGUUCUGAGUGAACGAACAGAGCCCUUUGUUAAAAGAACAGUCCAUCGUAAGGUGGUUUUCAACCCUUAGGAGCUAUUUUAUUAGAAAUUUUAUUUGAAAAGGAAAAAAAAGCCUAAAUAGGUUUGCUGUGCCUGGAAGGAGUGGCAUGAGCCUCUGGGUUCAGUGCUGAUCCCUGAUGUCGUCAGUGUCUGCAGCUGCCCUCCCUGCCCCUCUCCAGACUGAUCACAAAGCUGAAGUGACUCUAUAGGAAAAACUUCAUUUUAAAUCUUUUGUAUGUAA